AGAAUGUGUGUAAGUGAGGGUUGAGGUGUGUGCAGGGGGGUGAUGGGAGGGGUGUGGAGACAUACCAUGAGUGUGUUCCCUUUCUCCUUGUGACACACUCAAUGCCUCCCACGAAGAAGACACCACAAUGUUUGAUUCAAACGCAUCUUCUAUUAUUUUAGACUUCGGCCUCAUUUAUGAUGAGCUCAACCUUACCUUUAACGAGUCAACCUUCAUCCUGGACCCGGAGACGCAGCCCUGCAACACCUACUCCAUCCCAGACGCGGUGGCGGUUGGCGUCAGCAUCUUCUACGUUCUCAUCUUUCUGUUGGCCAUACCCGGCAAUCUGGUGGUGGGGCUGGUGAUCGGCCUGAAUAAGCAGCCGCUGCCCCCCUCCGACCUCUACCUCCUCCACCUGGCGGUCGCCGACCUCCUGCUCGCCGUGACCCUCCCUUUCUGGGCCACCUCCGUCACCAAGGGCUGGGUGUUUGGAGACGCCAUGUGCAAACUCGUCACUGUUCUCCAGGAGUUGAGCUUCUACUCGAGCAUCCUCUUCCUGACGUGCAUCAGCGUGGACCGCUACAUGGUGAUCGUGAGAGCGAUGGAGGCCCGCAAGAGCAACAGGCAGCGUGCCAGCCGGGGAGUCUGCGCAGCCGUGUGGACCAUCGGGGCGCUCCUGUCUCUGCCGGGGUUUUUUAACUCCACUUUCCAGAGCUCCAAACAGAUGGCGUGCGGCGAACAGUACGACCCCGGUAGUGCUGAUGUGUGGCGGCAGGUCACCAGAGUUCUCCGCCACAUGUUAGGCUUUUUGAUCCCCCUGGCCAUCAUGCUACCCUGUUACGGAGUGACCAUCCGCCGCCUCCUCCACGUCCGCGGCGGCUUCCAGCGGCAGCGUGCCAUGAGGGUGAUCGUGUUCGUGGUCGUCGCCUUCCUGCUCUGCUGGGCGCCGUACCACGUCGCAGUGAUGGCGGACACGUUCUUCAGGGCCAAGAUAGUGCCGUACAAGUGCCCCGCGAGGAUGGCGGUGGACCAGGCCAUGUUGGGCACGCAGAGUCUGGGGCUGCUUCACAGCUGCGUCAACCCGGUGCUGUACGCCUUCGUCGGGGAGAAGUUCCGCAGGAGGCUGCAGCAGCUGGUGAGGAAGGCGGGCAUCCCGGAGAGAAAGUCCUCGGUGUCGAGGAUGAGCAGCAGGUCCUCGCUGUCGUCGGACCUCACGUCCACGUUCAUGUGAGAGUCAGCGAAGAGAUACUACUUUUCUGCAGCUCUGGGUGGACUUUUCAAAACUCAAUAAUCGAGAGAGAAACAGGGAGACAUUUGCCUUGAAGAUUUCAUAUUUUUUGUGAAUAGAUAUGUGAAUUAGAUAUUUCAUCGCUUAAGUCGGUUGCACUAUUUUAUGUCUUAGAUUGUCAUUUUUACACUUUGUAUACAUAUAAAAAGGGCCAUUGUUGGCGGGAGAUCUCAGAUAUUCAUUACCAAAGACUGCUUCUUGGUGAUGGUUGUUUGUGCACAUGACAAUAUGAAUAACUUGAAUUUUGGGUUCAACUCCGCGUAUAACAGGGCAAUGUUGUUUAAAGUUAAGCUGUAGACAAACAAAAAAGUUGCAGUUACCCAAUUAAAUCCCCUCUCUUUCCUCAGUCAUGUCUUGUUCUGAGGAAACAUGUUUGUCAAGUUUCAAUUUCAAAUUUCCAGUUUCGACAGACCAAACAUCCCCUUAUGAUAGUCCCCUUCAGAUGCAGGUGAAAGAAAAAACAUCAGCAUUAGGUAUCAGAACUAUUCUGUAAUUGUUAUUUCUUUAUAGUUUAGUAAUAUGGAUGGGAAUUGUUUUUCUAUGAUUUCAAUUUCCAAACCAACAUCACUGUCUGAGGAUUUUGCCUCCAACCCAAAGUGCAUACUGCAGCAAGUGCAGCAGAAACAUAAGAAUAUAUUCUACAGUACUAUAACUCCAUAUACUUGUUAACAGUGAUGUAUAACUUAAAAGUAAGUUUUAUGUAUAUCUAGCUGAAGACAUGUCGCCUUACACCUGGCACACCAUUUGCAAUCUGUAUAGUCAUCAUUAAAGUUUUCAAACAUGUUCACCUC